CAAAGCUUCCCCAGACGCCCUGGAAAACUGGUUCCACCGGAGUCUGUCUGCAGUCCAGGGAGUCAGGAAAGCGGGGUGCAGCCUCCGGAGGCCGUGGCUGGGGGUGCUGCGACUCGGGCCACCUGGACCAUGUCUUGGAGGUUCCCCCGAGCACCCCGCUGAGCUGGUCCCCUCCCCAAGGCGGGAAGACACAGGACACAGGGAUGCAGGUUCCCGUGGGGGCCCCGGGCCUCCUGCUCACAGCCUCCAUCCUGGCCCUCUGGGUCCCCCAAGGCUCUUGGGCAGCCCUGAGCAUCCAGAAGAUUCCAGAGCUGCCUCAGAAGAACCAGGACCUGCUGCUGUCGGUGCAGGGGGUGCCGAGCGGCGCCAAGUCCAUCCGGUGGUACCUGGGUGAGGAAGCCCAGGGCAGCACGCUGCUCUUUACCUACCUGCCCGGUCUGCAGCAGCCCCAGCGUGAGGGCAACCAAGCCCAGCUUCGGGACGUCGAGGGCUUCCCCAAUGGCUCCAUGCUGCUACGGAACGCCCAGCCCACUGACAGUGGCACCUACCAGGUGGCCGUCACCAUCAACCCUGAACUGACCUUGAGGGCUAAGACCCAGGUCCAGGUGGGCGAAGGGCACAUGUCACCCCUCAUACACCUGCCCGUGAGCACCGGCAUCAUCGCGGCCAUUGUUGUUGGGUCUGUGGCCACCGGCUCCCUCGUCAUUGGCUGCCUUGUCUACUUCCUGGUCAAGCAGGGCUUGACUGAACACAACCGCAGAGCAUCCAUCCCAAGAGGCCAGGGGUCUUCAUCAGUCUUGUUCCCAGUGUUGUCCCCAACACCGUCAACCUUCCCCAGCCCAUGGUUGACCACCACAGAGAAGCCAGAGCUGGACCCCAGGCAGAGUGCAGAUGACAACAACAUCUAUGAAGUGAUGCCCUCACCUGUCCUCCUGGUGUCCCCCCUCAGCGACACGGGGGCCCAGAACAACACCACGCCCCCACCUCUGCCACCACUCCCGAAGUCAGGGUCACAGAACCACCAGUACCAGGACCUGCUCAACCCUGACCCCGCGCCCUACUGCCAGCUGGUUCCAGCCCCCUGAGAGGUUCUGGCUGGGCCUGGGGGGUCACUCCUGAAGAGAUGGGACAGCGGACCAGAGAUGCAGAGACGCAGAGACUCAGAGACUCAGAGACCCAGAGGCCCAGGCUGAGGCCGCCAAGCCCAUCAGUUGGGUGGUACCCCCCACCCAACCCCACCAAACUCCCAGACAUGAGGGGGGAAAGAAGCGUGGGCCAUGCCUGACUCCAGAAGACCCUGCCACACCCCCCAAGCUGUGUAGCACCUCAGAACCCCUGCCCUGGGCACAAGGCAGCAGGUUGGGGGGUCCGAGCCGGCAGGUGCCUGGUCCCUGGCCCCCCUCAUGCAGACCCUGCUCCCCUCAAAACCCAGCCUUUCUCUGACACUUGAAACCUGCAGGGGGACCCAUGUGCUGCCUCACAGUCCCCUCAUCUCACCUUCUGCUCCAAGAGGGGGUGAUCUACACCCCUUAAUUUAUUAAUUUAUUCAUCCUUGCUGCAAUAACUGAGUGGUGAGCAGGGCAGUGCCAGGCCCCACAGUUAUGGGGU